AUGGAAUGUUGCGUAGUUAGACUCCAUUACCCAUAAUUCCUUUCUACUUCCAGCCCCCAACUGAAACCCUGUGGCGUGAAACUUAAAUCACAGGCGGGAGCCAGCUGCGCAACACGACACAGAGUUUAAAACGAGCAUCUUUUGACGGUUUCCUACCCCCGAAACGCCGUUCGAUCGCUGGGUUACUUCCGUGAAAACGUCUGAAAUAAUUCGGUUUGUUUGCUGCGGAAGAAAAGCGACUAAAGGCUCCGAGCUACGGACAAGAGACGAAACUCGGGAGAUCGGGAGCGACCCAACAGAUGAAGGAUGAUCCUGAAGGGGCAGAAACGGAAACUCCCCUCAGAGGAUGUGGAGGUUCCUGACCAGAGCAGCCCUCUCUGGGAGAGCCAGCGACAGUUUGUCUUCUCCGUUUCCCUGAACAAGUACCAGCGUAGCCAGGAGCUUCCAGAACCCAGCCUGCGACGGUCUGUUCUGAUAGCCAACACUCUGCGACAGAUCAGCCUGGAAGCUUGCAGAUCGCCCCCUCUGGACCAGCAGGCGUCAGAACCUUCUUGCAGCUCUACACUUUCACCCCAGAACAAUGCUGCAAACAGAAGCUGCUGUUCAGGUGAACCAAGUGUCCCCAUGACUGAAGAUGAGGACUGGGGGCUGAUGGCCACAGAUUCAGACUUUUCCCUUUCUGCUGCUAUUUCCUCCAUUCUGACCGCUCUGGACUCCACUGUCGAUGGCAGCCCCCAGGCAGCUCCACGGACGCCUCUCAGGUCGUUGGAGAACCUUUCAGGGCCUUCUGAAGGAGGCGUAGGUCUGGUCAAACAGGGAAGCAGAGAUCAUAGCAUCAGGUGGGAGCAGGAGGUUGCCAUGGAGGCGGGGAGGACCAGCUACAUGGAUGAUGUCACAAUGGAGGAUCUGUUUCAGGAUAUAGACUCAUCCCAACUGGAGAAGGACAUGGGGGUGCUUGGGCUUCGGAGCGGUGCAGGUGGAUGCUCAGCUGGAAAUGAUGUCAUUCGUUACCUGCCCCCUCUCACCCCUCCCUCCUCACACCCCUUCUCCUUUUCGCUCAACUCAAAUCUGAAGUGUCUGCCUUCGUUCUCCUCCUUCAGUCCUUCGUCUUCCUCAUCUCCGUCUUCCUCAGCAGCAUCUACUUCCUUCUCCGGUGCUCAGAAUCAGAUGAGGGAAGGAUUUGAAUUGGAGCAACUGAUGGAGAUCUUGGUGGAAUCUUGAUUCUUUAGCCAUGACUGAGCCUGGCCGUCCGUCAGCGUUAUUCUAAACGUUACUGAAUAAAUGUGGCAUCUAGAAAGUAGAAGGGCGGUCCAUGCGAUGUAAAAUGUUGAAUAAGACGAAGUAUCUGGUGAGAGAGCAAGAAGACGGUGAAACGGUUUUAUCAUUGCAAAGCGGUGAAUCAUGAACUGAUGACCAACGGGUUAGAGAUGAAAGUGUGACUGGGCUGAUGGGAACGGGGCGGAUUCAUUCAGCAGUACCAGCGCUGCAGCAGCAGGUGGCGCCAGAUGCAGGUGUUUUAGUCUGGUGAUGGAAGAAAGCGGCUGAAACACUAAACACAGCUUGGAUCUGAAUCUGCUGAACUCCAGCAGAACAUUUUAAAUGUCAUAUUAAGGUUUUUAAUAUUAGCUUCUUGGACAUGUUUUGAUAUCAGUUUUAGCUUGAAGGAAACGUGCUUCCCAGUAUUUUGCUUUGAGUACAAACAAUGUUGGACGUGUUUUGACGCCGAACCACCUCCAGGCUGAAGAUGUCGGCGUGAGGUGGUUCUGCAGAGCUGAGCCGCUGCAGCACUGCUCUUGUACUGCUGCCGCCGUUCCACAGGUUCUAGUGUUCCUGACCCGUUGUUACCCAGGAACAUUUGAGCCACGUGGCUGAUAAAAACCCUAAAUGGUGCUUUUGCCCUGAAACGAUUCAUUCUUAAGUGGUUUCAAAUAAAAAUGUUUUAUUUCUGGUUUACUUUUCAACUGUUGCACUUUUGGAAAGUCACAGGAAGACGUUCAAGAGAGAGAGAGAGAGAAGGGUUUAAGAACACAAAAUGGUUUGUUUGUUCCAAACUUUCAUGUUUUUAACUGAUUAUUUAACCCAUCGUUGCUCAAACAUAGAAGGAAAACGUGGACUUGCUAUUUUGUGCAGAUUGUUGUUUGUUGUCCUUCUGCAGCCUCAGACUGGCUAUAAACAAGCACUAAAAUAGACAUUUUAUUUUUACUUAUUUUCUCUGCAAAUAUUUGAUUGUGAUGUUAGAAACGGAGAGCAGGAUGCUCUACUGUGCAUUUAUUUUUGUAAAGAGCGGUUUUAAUAAACAAAUGAAUGGGA